AUGUCUUCACGUUCAGGGCCGCGUGCUAUAGGAACUGAUGGGACGGAUUUCAAGCAUCGGCAACGAGUGGCUGCUCAUUACCAAUAUAGCGUGCAGUACAAGUCAUACUUGAAAUUCUUGUUCGCGAUGCAUAUCAUGGUACUUGUUGCGAUGUGGAUGAAAGUAGGUGGUGAAGUGAUGGUGAGGGAACUCGGCAUCAAGUUUCCAUUCUACACUUCGCUUGAUCUACCGAGUGCAUAUCCAUGGGAAUACGUCUGGUCACUGUCGUUUAUUCCGAUACUCUUUGCUAUGGCAUCAUUCCAAAGGAACAAAGUAUCAUUUUUGCGGAUACAUUACUAUGGCCAAUUUCUAACUGGAAUAUUACCCUGUGCAAUUGGAAUGGGUGGACAAUUGCCCGAAUUGAUCGACUACCUUUUCGAUAUGGAACACAGCCAAACGCCCACUUUCAAGGGUACUUUCCCAAUGGUCAUUAUUUGGUAUAUUUUCUUCCUCGUUGCACUCCAAAUUCACGGAUUCGCUAUGUAUUUCUCGUAUUAUUUAACUGCAUCGUGGCAACCACCCAAAAAGCGAGAUUAA